AUGUCUGGGAGGUUGUUGAAGAAGGUUCUCAAGGAACAUGAAGAAUCGAAACACCAGAAUCAUCACGAAGAAGAAGAAGAAGAAGAAGAAGAAGGAGACGAAGAAGAGGAUGUUGGUGGCCGUUCUUCAGUUAAUCCUUUCGAUCUCUUGAACGAAAGUGAUGAAGAUCCUGACUCCGAUAAGGAGACAGAGAUAGAUGAUGAGGCUAUAGCUGAGGAGAAGAACGAAGAUGCUGAUAAUGUGAAGCUUCCUUCAAAGAACAAGUCCAAGAAGAAGAAGAAGAAGAAAAGCAAAGAGAGUCGUUCUAACGUGGUGGUGAAGCAUGAGACCACAUUAGAUGAAACUCUAGAAGCGCUCUCUCUCGGUGCUAACUCUAAGCAAGAAGAGGUUCAGGAGACGAAACAGUCUUCUUCAAGACCAGUGUUGGAGAUAGAUCCCAAGUAUCUGAAUCUCGAAAACGAAUUGAGGAGAAUGUAUGGUUCAAAGGUGGUUAGAUCACUUGAGAGCAGCAGCCAAGGUGGUCAUGGUGGUGGUGGUUCCUCUAGGCAGGGACGAGGAGGAAGACGUGGAGUCCAUCACAUCACAAAAACUGUUUUGAUUUCUCCUAUGGAGAAUUGGGCUCGUUGGGAUCGUUCUUUCUCUAUGGAGUUUCUUGAGAUUAAAGAUGGUUACAACUACUUCAGAUAUAUCCAUUCAUCCUCAUAUGAGCAAGCUCAGAGAGCCUUUCAAGCUGCACAGAAUCUUCACGAUCUAAACGGUGUAGCAAGCGUCCUUAUCAACAACCCUUACCAUAUCGAUUCACUUAUAACCAUGGCAGACUACUUUAAGUUCGCUGGUGAUCAUCAAAUGGCAGCAGACGCUAUUGGAAAAUGCUUAUACGGUUUGGAGCGUGCGUGGCAUCCUAUGUUCACUCCCUUCAACGGUAACUGCCGGUUAAAGUUCACUCACGACACAAACAAACCGUUCUUCACUACCCUUUUCGCUCACAUGAGGAACAUGGACAGGCGUGGCUGUCAUAGAUCAGCGUUGGAGGUUUGCAAACUGUUGCUUUCGUUGGACACAGAUAAUCCAGUAGGUGCGUUGUUCUGUGUUGACUAUUUUGCUCUGAGAGCUGAGGAGUAUGCGUGGUUGGAGCAAUUCUCUGAGGAGUAUCAAAGCGAGAACUCCUUAUGGCUGUUUCCGAAUUUCUCUUAUUCGCUUGCUAUAGCCAGGGUUUACCUUGAGAAGAUGGAGUCUAGUGUAGAUACUUCAAAGUCAAGCUCUUUAGAUCUCAUGAUGCAAGCUUUGAAACUUCAUCCGACAGUGCUCAAGAAGCUAGUGGACAAAGUACCUUUGAAAGAUCAGGUGUGGGCAAAGAUACUCAAGCACUAUUACUUCAGGUCUGAUGAGUCAAAGAACCCGUCGUUGGAUCACCUUAUUAGCAUAUACGUGGAGAGGAACUACCUUAUAUGGAGGCUUCCAGAUGUACAGAAACUGCUUAGGAGUGCUGCUGAGUUACUCAUUAAGUCACUGGAUGAAAAGGAAAGCGAUGCAGAGGACUUCUUGCGUGUGAAGGAAGAAGCUUUCCCUGCUAAGAAUAACGAGUACUCUCAUUUAUCAACACAUGAUUUCUCUGAUUCGGUGCCGACUCUCCCACCAGACAAUUUACAGAACUUUGUUGCUGAUCCGAGAAUGGGAGGAGAUCAAGUGGCUGCUGCAGGAGGUGGUGGUCAGCGCCAGCAAGCACCACCGGUACGUGAUGUGGCGAACAGGAAUCCAUUGGCUGUGUUUUUAGAGUCAAUGCUUCCGUGGGUUAACCUUGGAGAUGGAGAUGAUGAGAUUGCACAUGAUGCUGAUCACCAACCAGGCAACAAUGGUUAAAUUUUACAAAAUGUUUUUUUUGCUGAUGAUGAGAAGAGAUACACAUGAUGUGAUCUUGCUUUUGUUGUAUCAUGUUCUUACUACUCUUAUGAGAUGUGAUACUUAUGGAUUAUGUAGUCAUUUUAUUUCUAUUAUUUUCUCGUGG